UUUCCCUUCCUUUCAAAAAGCUCUAAGAAAACUUUUGUCGCAAGUCUCUCUCUCUCUCUCUCUCUCUCGCUCUUGAGCAACCUUACAUAACGAGAGCUAAAUCGUAUUGUUGAUUUUAUAUCAACGAAAAACAUUUGAGAGAGACAGAGAUCAGUUUUAAUUGUUUAAUCACUUUAAUUUAAGCACAUGUGUAGGUAGCCAGGCAUAUGGAUCAUGCUAAUACUAGAACAACAACAGCAGCAGCAGGUGCAGCAGCUCCAGCAGCAUCAACAUCAAAGUUCAUCAAAUGUGUGACAGUUGGAGAUGGUGCUGUUGGAAAGACAUGCCUUCUCAUCUCCUAUACUAGCAACACAUUUCCCACUGAUUAUGUUCCAACUGUUUUUGACAACUUCAGUGCCAAUGUUUCGGUUGAUGGGCAGACUGUUAAUUUGGGUCUCUGGGAUACUGCUGGUCAAGAAGAUUACAACAGAUUGAGGCCUCUUAGUUACAGAGGAGCUGAUGUGUUCCUUCUUGCCUUUUCUCUCAUAAGUAGGCCUAGCUAUGAGAACAUAUCAAAGAAAUGGAUCCCUGAGCUAAGACAUUAUGCCUCAUCAGUGCCUAUCAUUCUUGUGGGGACAAAACUAGAUCUGAGAGAAGACAGACAAUUCCUAAUGGAUUAUCCCGGGGCAAGUACCAUCUCUACACAACAGGGUGAAGAUUUGAAGAAGCGAAUAGGUGCUGUGGCAUAUAUAGAGUGCAGCUCAAAGAAACAGCAUGUAGAAUGUGAAGGCUGUUUUUGACGCAGCUAUCAAGUUGGCUCUCCAUCCUCCAAAGUCCGAGAAGCAAAAGAGAAAAUUGAGCAUCUGCAGCGUUCAUUAACCUAUCUAUCACUGAGAGCUUAUUUUAUACUAUCCAUUCUUUCCAUCCCUCUUUUUCUUUCUGGGUGCUUCCUUCUCUUUUCUGAGAGAAUAUUUGUUGUUUUGUUUUCGUAGUUAUAAGGUUAUUGGUUUUGGGUACUCAUGACAGACCAUAUUAAAAACAGUAUGUGCCAAAAUCAUGUAUAUUAGACCUUCUUUUUUUUUUUUU